GAUCAAUAACAAUUUGUACUCUAUGUUUAUAUAAUAUUGAAUAAAAAGACAUUUAGAUAAGGAAAAAGCAUGUAAUAAAUUACGGUUCGGUCACACGGACGCGGAUCUGCGGGCUGCAACGGUGAGCAAACGGGACAUCGCUAUAUAAUGUUCAUAGCGCUAUCUCGCGCACACAGCGGUUCCGCUUCCGUGUGACCGAAGCCUUGACAUAAAACGUAGUGAUUAUAAUAUAUGCUCUUUGCUUAUAAAGUCGAUUUUGUUAACUAUGGUAGUACCCGAACGAUCCCUACCAUUGUCAUUUGUGAAAACGUCAAAUGUUGUCAAAACCUUAUCAUCAUUAUUUUUAUUAAAAAUUAUUAUAAACAUCGUUUUGGUAUGUUGAUAUCGAGUCAUAUUUUAUCAAAAAAGUUAUAUAAUUGGUGUUUAAAAGUUAAUAGUUGUCGAUACAAAGCCACAAUGAAUGAAUCACUGUUGAAAUCGGUAAAGGCUUGUAUACCAACGUUAGACGGUGGUAAACACAAGGGGCAGGCCGGUAGGAUAGGAAUAGUUGGAGGAUCCUUAGAAUACACGGGAGCGCCUUAUUUUGCUGGGAUAAGUGCUUUGAAAGUUGGAGCUGAUUUGGUGCACGUGUUUUGUGCAUCAUCAGCAGCAAGCGUCAUUAAAUCAUACAGCCCAGAACUAAUAGUACAUCCAUUACUGGACCAUCCUAAUGCUACCGCACAAAUUUCUCCAUGGCUGGAAAGACUUCAUGCCUUAGUAAUCGGUCCAGGACUGGGACGAGACACUGAAACCUUUAAUGUUGUCACAGAUUUGAUCAAAAUUAUAAAAGAGAAGAAGAUACCCUUAGUUAUAGAUGCAGAUGGACUGUUUCUAGUAACUAGCAAACCGGAAGUUAUUAAAGAUUUCUCAUCACCUGUUAUAUUAACUCCUAAUAAAAUAGAAUUUGAAAGACUAUGCAGCAGCCUUGGCGGGGCUUCAGAGUUACGAACCCUUGGGGAAAAUGUAACGGUUUUCAAGAAAGGAGAAGAGGAUCAAGUUUAUUCUUCACUUCUGGAAGCCGAGUGGAAGUCAAAUGUUUACGGAUCUAACCGAAGAUGCGGUGGACAAGGGGAUGUUUUAUCAGGAUCAAUUGCCACAUUUUUAAACUGGACUUUGAGUAAUAAGGAUAAGAUUGAGAUUGGUUUGGCUGCUGAUCCUCGGACAGCAGCAUCCUUGGCCUGCUAUUCAGCAUCAAUUCUUGUAAGGUUAUGUAAUGAGAAGGCUUUUAAAGUCAAAGGCAGAAGUAUGCUGGCUGGUGAUAUGAUUGAAUACAUCCAUGAAUCUUUUGAAGAGUUAUAUGGACAAUAAUAUUUUAGGCAUGCAAGUACAGUAGAUGUCAAAGACGUGUAUUCAUUUUCCUCUUUAUUACAAUGGAGUAAGGUACAAAAAUGUAAACUUAUUACUUUGACGACUGUACCAUCAAGUUCAGAUUUGAAUAUUGUUUUUUAUAUUUAAUAUGGGUGCAACAUAGAUUGGGUGCAGGCAUCUUAUCUUUUAGUUUUAAGAAUACAAGAAAUAUUUUCGCUAUGUUUUUUUUAAAGCAUUUAUAAACCAAAAGGUUAUGGUAUUGUUUUUUAUUUUAGUAAUUUUAUAACUGAAAUAUAAAAUAAUAAAAAACAAUGUAAUGCAUAA